UUGUCCUUGAGGCCCAGCUCGCUUUCUUGCCAGUUGCCACCUCAAGGCCUAUCGAUAGCCCGAUCCACGACUCACUCUGCAAACUGAAAGUCGUCUUCUACGUCCAUCUUCAACUUUCUUCUUCGAUCUUCGAUCUUCUGCUCUGCCCUGUCUGUGCCGGCAAGCUACUGUUGGCGAAUUGGGAGAGAAUGGACAGAGGGCAGAUUCUUCUGCUGGGGCUACCGCUGUUUCUGAUAUUCACGGACCUCGUCAAUCUAUUCUCUCCUCCGCCUCCUAAACCCUCGCAUCACCAUCAGCCUCCCCACCACCACCACCACCAUCCCCCACCGACUGAACCCGCGGGGUUCCCCACCCAGAAGCCAAGCGUCGUCGGAGGGAUAGGCCUUGGCAGCGUGGUCAACAUUGAAUUCUGUUCUUCCUGCUCCUACAGGGGAACUGCAGUUAACAUAAAGAAGAUGUUAGAGACUCAGUUUCCCGGAAUCGAUGUUGUUCUUGCAAACUACCCCCCUCCAUUCCCAAAGCGUGUGCUGUCUAAAUUGGUACCUGUUGUUCAGAUGGGGGUAUUUGCAAUAAUCAUGGCUGGUGAUCAUAUCUUCCCGAUGAUCGGGUUUGCAGUUCCUCCACCCUGGUAUUACUCUUUGCGUGCAAACAGGUUUGGAACCAUUGCCUCAACUUGGCUUCUAGGCAAUGUUGUCCAGUCAUUCUUGCAGAGCUCAGGGGCUUUUGAAGUUUACUGCAAUGAUGAGCUGGUUUUCUCUAAAUUGAAGGAGGGAAGGUUCCCUGGCGAAAUCGAAUUGAAAGAUCUUAUUGGGAGAAAACUGGCAAGUUCAAGAGUCAAAGACGGGUUUGGGGAAAUGUGGUCGUAGGUGUUUACGUGAACAUUUGUGUAGUUUCGGUUCAGUCAUGAAGGAUCCCGCACACGGUUUUUCAUUCAUUUUGUCCCUCCGCUGAACUGUCUUCUAUAGUGUAGAAACAAAACAAAGGUUGGAUAUUUCAUAAACCGUGCUUAAACUCUAUAAUCGUCGUACUUGGACGAUUCCUUGCCUGUAACUCUUGAUCUUACCUUUGUUGUACUCGGACUUCUUUUUGCCAUGUUUAUAAUCGUUAUGGAUGAAUCCUGUCAUCGAUGGACCAAUCCUCUUUUACCGAA